UUUUAAGACAUCCCAGAAAACGUUGAAAUGAAACAUUGAAGUGAAAGAUGGGGAUCAAGAGACAUGCCAUCUUCCAAAGGGCUUUCCGUCUCAAUUCCCUUGGAGCCAUCCUCCUUGUCACCCUUGUCUUGGUUGUCAUCUCUAUUACACGGAACAAUGGUGUAUGGACGGAGCAUCUGAUGAUGCGUGGGUGCACCACCGCAAAGCCUCGGUCGCAAUGCGACUUGUCUUCUGGGAGGUGGGUAUUUGACAAUGUGUCCUACCCACUGUAUUCCGAGAGGCAAUGCACGUACAUGUCCGAUCAAUUGGCUUGUGAGAAGUAUGGGAGGACUGAUUUCAUGUAUCAAAACUGGAGGUGGCAACCGCACCAGUGCGACCUUCCCAGGUUCAAUGCGACGACAUUGUUGGAGAGGCUAAGGGGGAAGAGACUUGUGUUUGUGGGCGACUCUCUCAACAGAGGGCAGUGGGUUUCAAUGGUUUGUCUGAUCGAAUCAGUCAUCCCUUCUUCUCUCAAGUCCAUGCACUCCAAUGGCUCCCUCAACGCGUUCAAGGCUCUGGAAUACAAUGCAUUGGUCGAGUUCUACUGGGCUCCAUUGCUGGUUGAGUCAAACUCAGACGAUCCCGUAAACCAUCGACUUCCGGACAGAAUCAUUAGGGCAAACUCCAUUACAAAACAUGCAAAGCAUUGGAUGAGCGCCGACAUACUGGUUUUCAAUUCCUAUUUAUGGUGGAGAAGGUCCAAAAUGAAAGUUUUGUUGGACUCAUUCGAAGACAAAGAUGGAAUUUACAAAGAGAUAGAGAUGCUGCGUAGCUUUGAAAUGGCUCUAAGGACGUGGUCCGAUUGGCUCGAACUCCAUGUGGACCCCAUUAAAACCCAGCUCUUCUUUGUCGGCAUGUCCCCGACACACCAAUCGGCUGACGAGUGGGGAGCAGCAGAAGACCAGAACUGUUACAACGAGAGGGAGCCAGUGACAAAGGAUGGGUAUUCAGGCAGAGCAUCAGAUGGCAGAAUGAUGAGCCUAGUCGAUGCCACAAUCCAACGGCUGAGAGAAAGAGGUGUAAAUGUAAGAAUACUCAACAUCACACAGCUUUCAGAAUACAGAAAAGAUGGCCAUCCUUCCAUUUAUAGAAAACAGUGGGAACCAUUGACAGAAGAACAAAUAUCCAAGCCCACUAGUUACGCUGAUUGUAUACAUUGGUGUCUCCCAGGAGUUCCUGAUGUUUGGAACGAGCUCCUCUAUGCCUCUAUCAUUUCUAGUUAAACAAUUUCGAACUAAAAUCAGUUAUAUUAGUUUUUUUUUUUUUUU